GUCAACAAGUGUACCGCGCGACCGUGGACCAUUGCUCUCGAAAGAGACGUGUUUUUCACGGCAAUCUGAAGAAAGGCUCGAAGGAAUUAUUCUGAAACAGGCUGGGAAAUGGGGAAGGGUGAGUUUUGUGCCGAAAUCGGAGCGUUUUACGCGGCACGUAGCGCGAGAUCGAGACAUGACCACUCGUCCUAGUAAACUGAAGUUGCUACUGUGCAGCACCAGGCCCCUGUGGUGGCCGAAGCUACGCGAGACAGUAUUCCGCCACUACGCGCUUCGGAUAAUACGGUUCUAGUCAACAACAUGGAGUACCCGCUACUCGCCGGGAAGCUGCCUCGCUCGGAGGGACAGGAAUUCAGCGAGCACAACCUACCGCUGCACGGCGGGAAAGACACGAUGGUACUCGCAGAGCAAGAGCAGCGCGAAGGGAUGGGUUCCAUCGCGUUCGGAAACGAAACGCUCGCGAUUCCGUCGACGGAAAACUUUCCCAACAACGUGGCGGACCACGAAGCUAUCAGCCGCGAGGUGAAAGAGAGAGUCCGCGAGGCGAAGGAGAGAGUCCGCGAGGCGAAGGAGAAGCAACUGGAGGAAAUGCUGGGAGGAUUUGCAGGACUCGAAGGUGAUGGAUGUGCUCGCACGACUCCUGGGUCACCCGAAACGCGAGAAAAUCUACAUCGAUCCGCGAGCCAUCGAGGCUGUUUCGGAGCGAGGGAAACAGUGCGGAGGAGGAGGAGGAAGCGGUGGCUCGGGAGGUACCAGUCAAGGAAGCCAGACUGAAUCGAACGCGAGUCAGAGUGGACAGAGCGGCCAGAGCUCCCUCGUGAUUGGAGGGUUCGGUAGUGGAGGGGGAGGUGUGGGGGGCGCUGGGGGCGGAGACGACGACCCUAACAACCAUCUCCCCUUCAAUCCCGUCCCGUCCCACUACAACGACAUGGUUGUGUUGAAGAACAGGGCAUGACUGAAGACGAGCAGCUGCGCCACGCCAUGUCUGCCAUUCUGGAUGUGGGAGAAGUGAUGGUUAACGAUCCUCUCUUCCCCCAGUUCACCAGGCCCUACGAGGAGCCGCUGUCGGCGAGUCUCGAAUCGACGCGGACUGGGGGUAUCCCCGAGGAAAUGGAAUUUGACAUCGACACAUUGUGUCAAUCAGUAAACGAUUACUAUCUGCCUGCCGAGCCCGUGAUGGCUGUCGAGCCAGCCGAAGAGACCACACUCACUUCCUACCAACCUCUUCAGCAAACACCGUUGGAGAUUUCGCAAUCCGUGGGGUGGGAACUCGACUUUACAGAGUCUCUCCAGACGCUGGUGGAGCCCGUGCAGACCCAGUCAACGACUCCGCAUUCGCAGCCGGUCCUACCGUCCCAACCUCCGCUACCAAUGAACAGUGAGAUCCCGGCCCAGCAGGCAAUGGUUCCUCCUCCUCAUUCGAUGGUGAUGCAGCCAGCUCAACAUGCUAGUGGGCUAACUGCUACGGAGGAAUCGUCCGAGAUCAAGGAAUCUUUUGACAUCAUCCAUCUCAUCAACCCACUCACCAGCAAGCGCCCGAGUUUCGGAGGUCACCUUCUGAGCUUCUCCGGCAACGUCCUGCGUUACCCCGGAGUUACUCCGACUACUCCACACCCUCCUCUGUCCCCCACUCCUUCAGCUCACUCCAACAUGGCCGCCUCUCCGUUACCGCAUUCGAUCGGCAUCAAUCCACUCCCAUCCCCGCUCCCCCCACUUACUCCAACAAGCUUGGCCCCCAUUCCGUCACCCCGACCCCCAUCUACUCCGGGUACCCCAUGUACCCCAGCGACCUCUCGCACCUUCGGCCCCUUCGUCAUUGACACUUCCAUCAAAGGAGACAAGCGUGUUUUCGAGUUGAGUACCUCCCAAGACUUGAUCCUCCAACCAACGUGGCCUGGCCGUGCGAGCAAUGUUCUUCAUCAACACGUUCUACGGCGGCGUGUACCGCUGUGCCAAGCAGGAGGUGGAUCUGAAGGUCGCGACCGAUGUUCAUGCAAAGAUGUGCGAGUUUGACUUUGACGAUUAUCCUACCCUCACAGUCACUUUCAGCGUGCCCAAACACUGCAAACCGCUAAAGCAGUGGCUGAAGAAGAACACAGACCUCAAAGAUCGCCUCCUCGUCCUCCAGCAAGUCCUCAACACCAUCGCCACAAUCCACACGCGAGGGCACGAAGACACUCUCUCUCUGUGGGGGAGUUUCAUGGUUUGGGUCGCGAGUGAUCUGAGAGCGUAUCUGCUUGUCGACUUUCCAGUCCUACUCAGAAAACAAGAGGCAAGCAAUGCAGUUCAUAACACUGUUUUGCCAGUAGUUGCCGAGGGAUGUGAUGCAAUAAUUGGGGAAUUUUGUUAGCUAAUGAAUGUUAAAAUGGCCCAGACAGCGUGACUAGCUGUGUAUACUAUCAAGGGCUACUAUUAUUCAUGAUUUUGUGUGCCGUCCAUGUGGUUACUGUAUUACUCUCUGACCACUUCCUCCUAUAGGAGGCGGCACAGUGUGAGAGAUCGUAGAAUGGACCCUCGCAUGCUCGAUGUGAUUGCAGUCAGCGAAAUCUACACCAAUCUCGUGCCUCCUUGCAUCGGGAAAGGCGAUUCAUGGG